AUGCUGGCAGAGAAAGGUAAUCUUCAUGCAAAUGUUAUAAAACUAAAAUCAGAACUGGAGACAGUACAGGCAGCUUUAGAUAAAGACCCCCAUAAUUCUGUACUUCAUGAUCAAGAAGCAAUGUCCCUUAAAGAUUUUAAUGAUGCCUUGAUUGAAGAAGAAAGAUUUUUAAAACAAAAGGCUAAGAUUGAAUGGCUUCGUGUUGGUGACUCUAAUUCUGCUUACUUCCAUAAAGUAGUGAAGGGAAGAAGUGUUCGUAAUCACAUAUCUUCUAUCUUUGAUUCUUCCGGCAAGUUAGUAGAAGGACAAGAUGUGUAUGAUGCUUUUGUUAAGCAUUUUUCUACUUUCCUUGGAAAUUCUGGUGGAGCUUCAUCUUUUAAUUACCAAGGGCUGACUUCGAAGACUAUUUCUCAAUAUCAUGUUGAUGAGAUGAUGCGUGAAGUGACUAAUGAGGAGGUGAAAAGCGUCAUGUUUUCUAUGGGUGAAGGUUAUCUUGCGGUUAUUGUUAGCACCAAUCAAUCAGCUUUCAUUCCAGGUAGAAGUAUUUCUGACAAUUUUGCAUGGUCACUUCAGAAGCAAAAGGGGUUUAAGACAAGGAGAUCCUUUGUCUCCAUACCAAAUACUCUUGUAAUGGAGAUUCUCACUCUUAUCCUCCAGCACAAUGUUCAACAGUCGGAUUCUUUCUCUCUUCACCAUCACUGCCAAGAACUUCAGGCGAUCAAUCUUUGCUUUGUUGAUGAUUUAAAUAUUUUUAUGUGGAGUAAUGUGGAAUCGACAAUGGUUAUAACGAAUUAUCUUGAUGAACUUAAAGCGGUCUCUGGUCUUGCUCCUAGUUUACCCAAAAGCACAGCCUACUUUUGCAAUGUUAGUAAUGUGGUUAAGCAAACCAUAUUAAAUGUUCUCCCGUUUGAAGUAGGACAACUUCCUGUGAAGUACCUAAGGGCACCUCUUGUUUCUUCUAGAUUGGUGCUUCAUGAUUGCAAACUCCUAAUCGAAAAGGUUCAAAAAAGGUUCAAAAGAAGGAAUGGCACAAGUCCUCCAACGAGGGCCUUGGAUGAUUGGCCUAUCUUUCUUAGUGAAUGGACAUCGAAUGUGGGUUUAACUAAACAAGAUCUUUCCACAGUUUCGGUCUGGGUUAAGUUGUAUGAUGUUCCUUUGGUGGCUUAUUCUAAGGAUGGCUUAAGCUUAAUUGCUUCUACUUUAGGUAAACCACUGUUACUUGAUGCCUAUACUAGCCAAAUGUGUCUAAAUUCAUGGGGUAGACAUAGCUAUGCUAGAGCUCUUAUUGAAUUAGAUGCUAGCAGGGAUCUUAAGGAUACAUUGGUUAUUGCUAUCCCUAAUGUGCAUGGUGAGGGAGUUUCAAAGGUGGAAGUGUAUGUUGAAUAUGAGUGGAAACCGCCCCAUUGCUCACAUUGCAAGGUUUUUGGCCAUGCAUUGGUGACAUGCCCUAGUCAGGUGAAGGAAGCAAAGCCUAGUAAAUAG